AUGAGUCACGGCGGCACUCGGUUCUGGUUUGAGGCGAACUCGGUUUUCGAAGCUUUCCGUCCCGUUUAUAGGGCCAGUAAAAUGGUCGGAAUACUCGUCGAUACGAUCGACUUCCGGACGCACGACAUCACCCGGACCGUGUGGGAUCAGAUUGCGCUCGUGUGCGGGGUAUUGCUCGAUCUUCAGGCACUAAGAAUGGCCGCUGGUCGAUCGCUUCGUAUUUCCGAUUCGAUCCUACUGAACGUGGGAAUCUACAGUUCGGUUAAUUUGGGUUUCAUCAUUUCGUUGUGCAUUCCGCUUUGCAACCGCAUCUUUGCCCGGCGAAUGCACGGAAUGAUCAAAACGCUGGCGGAGGUAGACGAAAAGCUAGAAGAUCAUGGGUACCACCUCAAGCACCAGUUGAACCACUUUCUCAGCUGUGCUUACAUGGCCGCACCGAUUCUGAUUAAUUUUCUACUGUUCAGCAGCUCGCUUUUUGGGGGUCGAGUUCCUGAGGCUCAACGGGUCAGCUUGUUACAAAUUGUUAUUUAUAUUCGAUCUUCUUUGGUUUACACCAUCUUUGGGUCUUACUCGUGCCUCACGUUGACGUCCAUCUAUAUGCGCUGCAAGGGUCUGAACGCGGUGAUCGGGUAACGAAAUUGUGUACUCUCGGUCUUGAAGCGAUUUAACUUGUGUUCUUUUCACAGCCAGCGGCUUUCGUCUCCUGCCGACACACGGGACCUGAUUGCUUCGGUGCGAUGUUUCGGAGAGCUGCACGAAAAGCUCUGCGACACCAUCUUGAGCUUCAACUAUUGCUUCGGGCUUCAACUGCUCUGCAUGAUGGCGUCAGCGUUUGGAUUCACCCUGUUCUCGAUGUUUGGUCUCAUUCACGAUUUGUCACGUUCCACGGCGGAUGAGAAUUACAUUGUUACGGUGUUCAAUAUGGUUUAUGGGUGUAUUUAUCUAUCUUUCAUCAUCCAGGUCGUGGUUAAUGGGAGUCUCGUAACGCAAGAGUGCAAAAAAACGGCGGUGAUGAUACACAAGACGAUUUGUUACAACCACCUCGAGCCGGCUGUCAUGAGGCAGAUAAAGUUCUUCUCGCUACAGCUGUUCAACUCGGAGUCACAAGUGUCCUGUUUGCUGUACAAUUUUCAGUGGCCGUUCCUCGUUUCCGUCUUUUCGUCACUCACGAUGCACAUAGUGAUCCUGGUUCAGUUCGAUCUGGCCAAUAUUGCCACCAAAGCGUGA